AACCACUUACCGUUUACCGCGACUCAACAACUGUCUCUCUAUUCAUCGUCCAACAGCCUGGAAAGCGAGCUUAUAGUCUCGUUCACUCUCAUUUCAAUGCCUUCAUAUGAUACCCUCGGUGCUGAGGACGUGUUCGGUGCUUCAAGUUCCAGGUUUCUCGCGCCAUCACCGCGUAAAUCGCCUUCCUCAAGACAAACUAUCAACGGUCGACGAUCGUCAACUUCAUUACGAGGAGCAAGUCUAGUGCAGACAUUGGACGAGGAUGCUGCGAAUGGCCGGCACUCUUUGGCACACGAGCUCGCAGUGGCACUAAUGCCAGAGCCCAGUGCGGGGUCGAGAUUGCUCGCGGAAGAGUUUGGUAUAGAGUAUGAUGAGGGUGCCGAGGGCAUAGAUGACGAACCACCGAGGGAACAAGACGUUCCAUACCCAGGCGAUUCACCUGAUACAUUCUCGGAAAGUUCUGACCAUCCUCGAACGCCUCCUACAUUCACCAUCGAUGUUCCACCAGACUUUGACCCAGCGUUUGGGAGUAGUCCGGUCACUACACCUCACAAAGAAACGAAACUGCCAGAGCAGGAUCCCAUGGUUGUACUCGCUCAGGACCUCGAGUACACCGAAAAGUUCUUGUCACAACUACGCCGUCUGGAUGGCGAUCAUGGCGCGUCCACGCUGGAGAAACUCGCAUCGGACAUGAUACGCCGAAUAGAUGAUACUGCUCGCGAACGGGAAGGACAAGUUCGCGAGUUGCUCGGUUAUGAGCGCGAGUUCCGAAAGAUCUCUGGUGAGAUUGGCGGAAACGACGUUCUGGGACAGUUGGACGAAUUGGACGAUAUCAUAGACACUCCUCCACCGACACGGCAGGAAGAUACCCAACAAGAUUCACGCAAUCGCACAAUGGAAGCUAUACAAGAAGAACCUCUCUCCACCUCACAGGUAGCAAAUGCUAACUCGGACUGGGAGGCAUACCUCGACCGCGAUAGAGAACGUAUGGGUGGUGAGGGCGAAGAGGAUUACGAGUUAUCAGCAUACCCAAUAUCACCCGUGAAGUCUUCAUUCCCUCCACCUCCCCCGAUUAUUGGCCCACCCACUCCAGCCAACACGAUACCGCAGCUCGCGCAUUUACGUACCUUCACUGCGUCUGUAGCAUCAUCCCUUGCCGUCAUCUCUGAACAAACGCAGGUGAACUCGGCCGCAACGACCGAAGCAGGGAGGAAGAUUCGUGCAUUGAAGAACAAGAUGGGCGGGUGGAGGACAGAGUGGGAAAGUGCUGAAAGGAGUAGAGUGAAGAUAGAGAAGUGGGAAGCGGGACUGCUGGAUUCAGAAGACCUUCCUCCUGCAGGUUCAGUCCCGAGUACUCCCUCGAGGUCAGGGUUCGUGCCACCACGAAGAGUAGACGGAAGGAAACUGGUGCAGGAGCAUUUGCAGGCAUUUGAGCGAGCGUUGUCAGACGCAAAUAUGAAGACGAAAGCGAUCAUGGCAGGUGUACCAUGAGGUUUGAACUGUUGUUGAAUACGGUUGCGGCCAGCUGCUCUCUUGACGUUAUGCCUUUGUCUUCAUGUUUCGCUUAUUCGUUCGCUUGGAAAUUGCUUCCAUACAGUGUAUACCAGAGGAUCUAAUACAUCUAAACUACAGUUCCUUCACUUUUGCAUGUUCAAUGUUUCAUCGGCUGUACUUAUAUUCACUUGCAUCCUAGACUUCGAGUUCCUUUUCAUUUGCAACAGAUAGACCCUCAGCGACUUAACCUGAGAACUUGAACCUAAACAAUGAUAACGUCAGUAUUGGCAUC